AUGGACGCCAAGGAUCGUCUCCCGUCUAAUGAACAGACCCUCCCGGUCUUGUCUCGGUCUGCAUGGCCAGUGACUGAUCCCAUCCUCCAAGGACACUACGCUGUACCUGCUCAGGCCUCAGAAGUCCUCACAAAAGCCGAGAUUACAUCCGGCACAACCCCUCAGCCCUCCCAACCUUCUCAGCCUACAAGCGCCGGCCGCAAUGCCCCGUCCAAAGUCCGCAAGCCCCGCAAGACCAACAAUGCAUCGGCCGGGAAGUCGACCCUGUUCUGGGUCCAUAGCGACCAGAAGUCGGCCGCAGAGGGCACCAAAGAAGAAACCCUGAAGCGCAUUCGGUCCCAUGUGAUGUCGGAACACAAUCGGAAGAAGAGACGCGACAAUACAAAACGAUACAAGCAUCAGACCUGGCAGCAACCAGACUCGCAGCCCCCAGUGAAGACCGCGGGCUCUGCUCUCCCACCGGCCACCUCGUCCAGCAGUCACCAGAGUCCCGCGAUUGAAAAUGUGCCCAUCAAACAAGAGUUUGUGUCAACCUCAGCGGUGGACUACCCGGUCGCACCGGGGCCGACCUGGGGUGGAAGCGACUUCUAUGGCACUGUGGCCUAUCCCGCCAAAUCGUCCCCGUCUGCAUGGUCCUACGUGGGGCAAGGAGCCGGCGAUCCUUUCAAUACUGGGCAUACUCAGCUGACGGAACGAAUGAUGCGGCACCUACAUAGCUUCCUCUGGGACUUGACCCAGCAAGCGCAUCCGUUGCAGACGCGAUAUAAUCCUAAAUUGCAGGCCCAUUGGAGCUCCUUGGUUCAACGGGACCCGGCCAUCCUGCACGCUGCGAUUUGUAUGGUUACGUCCAAUGCCGCCAUGCGCGCGGGCGAGCUGCCUGUCACGGACCCGACGAAGCAACGGAGUGUGCUGGUGCUUGACACUUUCCACCACCGGGGGAGACUAUUCGGCUGGUCAACGAAUAUUGCGUCGGGCAACCCCGAUUAUCUCAAAAUUCACCUGGCAGGGUUGCGGCAGAUGAUCGCCCUCCGCAACAGUUUCGCCGAUGUCCCUUCAGAUGUCCGCUUCCAAAUCUCAUGGACCGACAUCCGGGUUGCAUGCAUGGCGCACGCCAAACCCAUUUUCCCCUUCGUCCGCGACGUCCGACCAGCGGGACUCUCACUCCUCCCACCCAACGACGACGUAGCCCUCCUCGCAACGCGCAUGUUCCCAUUCAUCAAGAUCCCCGGCAUUUUCGGCGCCGCCAUGUCGCAACUCAUCUACGACCUCCUCGAGCUCACAUGGUACGCCGAGUGGAUCAAGGGCAACACGGGGCACCAGCAAUUCAACGAGGACACCGAGGAGUACUUCAACACGGAGGUGCUGUAUGUCGAGUACUCGCUGCACAUGGACCGGUACACGGCCACGGGCCAGGUCAAGGGCGACGCCUCCAUCGAGGGCUGCUGCCGCCUCGCGUGUCUGCUGUUCCACAACUCUGCGAUCUGGAACUUCUACCCGCAGAUUGCCCCGCUGUUGCCCAAGCCUAUCCUCGCCCUGCGCGCUGCCCUCGAGAUGACCAUUCCGUCUGGUCUGUUUGCUCUCUGUCGCGACUUGCUGAUCUGGUUGCUCUUUGUUGGUGCUGCCUGCAGCGCGGCUUUGCCUCAGGAGCGCGCGUUUUUCGUUGCCGAAUUGGCUGCGGCUGCCCGUCUUCAGGGUGUUGGCUCGUGGCAGGAGACUCGGACUAUCCUCAUGGGAUUCUUCUAUGUCGACCGUGUGCACUUGCCUAUGAUUCGCCAGAUUUGGAAGGAGGUGCAGUUGCAAUUGGACCCACCGGUUUAG